AUGGAUAUAGUGAAAAUCUUAAAUUGUAAUAGAGCAAUCCCAGACCCAGAUUCACUCACAACCAAUCUAGUUGAAUCACGCGUUAAAGAUACUAAAGAAAACUACCAGAGAUUCUGGAGACAUAAACUUGAAAACUCUUCCAAACUUACCUUUCUACACAAGCAUAAAUGA